CGUCUCGGAGGGGGGCUAACAAAGACCGGGGCAACGGUUGUUCCCAUUACCAUUUGAAUUUUCUUGUGCCAUGCAUCCUCGAGCCUACUCCUUUCCCUACUUCAUUCCAGUUAGCAAAUCUCACUAUAUAAAUCCGGCUCCUUCCACUUUCCUCCUCAGCUCACUCCACGAGCGUUAUCAACAUAUAGGUUCCCCCACAAUUGAAUAACCCAACAAAACAAAAAAGCUAGAGCUUCCAGCAGUUUGAGUAUCCGUCAAUGGUGGGCUUGGCCAAGAUCGCCAUGGACUGGCUCCAAGAGCCACUGAGCUGGCUCUUCGUAGCCUCGUUCGUCUUCGUGGUGCUGCAGCGGCAUCGGCAGCGGCUGCGUGGCAAGGCGCCACCGCUGCCUCCGGGGCCGUCUCCGCUGCCGAUCGUCGGCAACAUGUUUAUGAUGGAUCAGCUGACCCACCGGGGCCUGGCGGCUCUGGCUAGGCAGUACGGCGGCAUUCUCCACCUCCGCCUCGGCCAGGUCCACGCCGUCGUCCUGUCGACGCCGGAGUACGCCCAGGAGGUGCUGCAGGCGCAGGACGUCGCCUUCUCGAACCGGCCAGCUACCGUCGCCGCCAUCUACCUCACCUACGACCGCGCCGACAUGGCGUUCGCGCACUACGGGCCCUUCUGGCGCCAGAUGCGCAAGCUGUGCGUGAUGAAGCUCUUCAGCCGGCGCCGUGCGGGGACCUGGCUCGCCGUGCGCGACGAGUCCGCCGCGCUCGUCCGCGCCGUGGCCCGGCGGAGCGGCGAGUCCGUGAACCUCGGAGAGCUCAUCUUCAACCUCACCAAGAACGUCACCUUCCGCGCCGCGUUCGGCGCUGACGCCGCCGGCGACGCCGGGAAACGGGACGAGUUCAUCGCCAUCAUGCAGGAGUUCUCCCAGCUUUUCGGCGGGUCCAGCAUCGGCGACUUUAUCCCGUGGCUCGGCUGGGUGGACCAGGGCCUCAACGUGCGCGCCCGCACCGCGCGCGCCGCCCUGGACGAGUUCAUCGACAAGAUCAUCGACGAGCACAUGAGGAGAGGCAAGAACCCCGACGACGUGGACGCCGACAUGGUGGACGACAUGCUCGCGUUCCUCCCUGAGGCGAAGCCGAAGAAGGACGCUGGCGACGACCUGCAGAACUCGCUCCACCUCACCCGUGACAACAUCAAGGCCAUGAUCAUGGACGUGAUGUUUGGUGGCACGGAGACGGUGGCAUCGGGGAUCGAGUGGGCAAUGACGGAGAUGAUGCACAGCCCCGACGACCUCCGUCGGCUGCAGCAGGAGCUCGCCGACGUGGUGGGUCUCGACCGGAACGUGGACGAGUCGGACCUCGACAAGCUCCCCUUCCUCAAGUGCGUAAUCAAAGAGACGCUCCGGCUACACCCGCCCAUCCCAAUUCUGCACCAUGAGAACGCCGAGGACUGUGUCGUCGGCGGCUAUUCAGUGCCCCGGGGAUCCAGUGUCAUGAUCAACGUAUUCGCCAUUGGCCGCGACGCCAAGGUGUGGAAGGACGCCGACACAUUCCGACCGUCGAGGUUUAUGACGGGGGAAGGGGAGGCCGCAAGGGUCGACUUCAAGGGCAGCUGUUUUGAGUUCCUGCCCUUCGGGUCCGGCCGCCGCUCAUGCCCGGGGAUGGCGCUUGGCAUCUACUCACUGGAAUUUGCUGUCGCGCAGCUCGCCCACGGGUUCAGCUGGGCGCUGCCCGACGGCAUGAAGCCGUCGGAGCUCGACAUGACCGACAUCUUCGGCCUCACUGCGCCGCGCGCCACCAGGCUCUGCGCCGUGCCCACGCCCCGGCUUACUUACCCUUUGAUCUCUGAUGUUGAUGCCACGCACAAGGCGUGACGUCAAGUCGUAUGCGCGCACAAAAGUAUAUUCAUUAUGUAGCACAAUAAAGAUGUUUCACUCGAUUCAGGGUAACACUAUAUGAGCUUAUAUUAGACGACGGGUCCAUGGAUUCAAAAUCGAGUCAAACUUUGUAAACAUUGACCAAGCGAUAAAUCACGAGUGGACAUGCGGCCACGCA